AGGCAGUCGGGGCGGGGAGCCGGCAUCGUCGCUCGGCGGCAGCAUCCGUGGGGCUGACACGCGCCCGCAUCCUCCUCUCUCCCCCGGCAGCCGCGGCGAGAGAGGCCGGCGGGCGGAGCGCAACGGAGCGGGGGGCGCCGCGACAGACAAAGCAAAGAUGGCAGGGAUCCUCGCCUGGUUCUGGAACGAGCGGUUCUGGCUGCCGCACAACGUCACCUGGGCCGACCUGCAGAGCACGGAGGAAGCCUCUUUCCCGCAGGCGGAGGACCUCUACCUCGCCUUCCCUCUGGCCUUUUGCAUCUUUAUGAUCCGCCUGCUCUUCGAAAGGUUCAUUGCUAAACCAUGUGCCUUAGGCCUUAAAGUCCAAGCCAACGGACCGCAGAAAGCUCAACCUAAUGCUAUCUUGGAAAAAGUUUUCACAGCCAUUACAAAGCAUCCGGAUGAGAAGAGGCUGGAGGGCCUCUCCAAGCAGCUGGACUGGGAUGUACGCAGCAUUCAGCGUUGGUUUCGACAAAGACGCAACCAGGAGAAGCCAAGUACUCUUACAAAGUUCUGUGAGAGCAUGUGGAGAUUUACAUUUUACCUUUAUAUAUUUACCUAUGGAGUACGGUUCCUGAAAAAGACACCCUGGCUUUGGAAUACCAGACAGUGCUGGAAUGGUUACCCAUAUCAGCCACUGAUGCCUGACCUUCAUUAUUACUACAUUGCUGAAUUAUCAUUCUACUGGUCCUUAAUGUUUUCUCAAUUCAUUGACAUCAAAAGAAAGGAUUUUGGCAUCAUGUUUACACAUCACAUUGUAACAGUCACCCUGAUAACCUUCUCAUAUGUAACCAAUUUGACACGAGUGGGAACCCUGACCUUAUGUCUCCAUGAUGCGGCUGAUGUUGUCCUAGAGGCUGCCAAAAUGGCAAACUAUUGCAAGUGUCAAAAACUGAGUGACCUUCUGUUCCUUACGUUUGCCAUUGUCUUCAUUGUCAGUAGGCUUGGCAUAUAUCCUUUAUGGAUAUUAAACACUACAUUGUUUGAACUGUAUGAAGCUCUGGGCAAUUUUCCUGCCUUGUGGGUCUUCAACGUGCUGCUUGUGGUUCUACAAAUUCUGCACUAUUUUUGGUCUUAUCUAAUAAUAAAGGCAGCCUACAAAGCUAUUUCAAAGGGCAAGGCUGGAAAGUGGAACCCCUUGCAUGUAACAAAGGAUGACCGAAGUGAUAUUGAGUCAAGCUCAGAUGAGGAAGAAACAGUACCUCGUUCAAAGACCCUGCACAGCACUAUCACCACUAAUGGGACUGGUGGUGCCAAUGGGACAAACGGGUAUCUUACUGGUAGCACAUGCUCAGAGGAGCAUUAAUCUUUCAGUGUCACAAGACAUAAACAGGAUGAACUGUUUGCUACUGUAAGUAAAUUAGAAGUUGUGAAUGCGGUUUCUUCAUAUAUCUCAGCAUCAAAAAAAAAUUAGGAGUAUCAAAGCAUUCUGAUAGUGCACUGCCAUACUCCCUGUUUGUGAAUGAAGACGACACAUCAUUCUGUAUACGUAGGUAGGCAUGCUGUAUGUGUAUGUAAUUGACACAAUGGGAGCAGUAUUUUCACUUGUACCAUCUUUGAAAUAUUAUUUAUUCUGUAUUCUUUCUGGGAACUUCUGGACAAAAGGGAACAUCCAUUCUCAAACUUUAUCUCUUGGGAUUUUCGGUGGAGAGCAUCAUGCUCUGAUCUCUUCUGUCCAUCCCUGUUGCUUUUGCUGAGUCUGCUAUAAAUAAUAGUUGCUUGAUUUGUUACUUACAAAAGACAGAACAUAGCUUUGCAGAUUCUAGUUCUGCUUCAGAUAUUUUUGCUACCUUCGUGUUUUAAAGUGCUGGUUUUGAAACUGCCUAUCAAAUCACACUGGCCAUUUCUCCAACGUAAAGUUUUAAAAGACUGGAUUGAUAUUUUGAAUGCUAGGUAAUAUGGUCAAUUAGCAAUUAGUGGAAAAAGAACUGUUGUGAUUGUGGAAAUGAUAUUUUAGCAUAACCUAAAAUUCAAAAUUGGUGGUUCUUUGCAUUAGAAGUAGACUUGAUUAGUUGUGCAAAUGUCCAGAAGCAUUGAUGUCAGCAGUUAGGAUGCACUCGUUCUUGCCUUUUAUUUUUCCUUGCAAUUUUUGACAUCUAUAGAUUUCAGCUUUUUAUGCAGAUUCCAUGUUGAAAGGUAUUUGUUCAAGUGCACCAUUGUGAAUCCAGAAAUCACUCCUGAAACUAUUCUUGCAAGUUCAUAAGGAUGAGAGCAGAGAGUGGAAAAAAAACAGCAGAUGAAAUGUCAUUGCUUCCUUGGACACAGUUUAUACUAGGUAUCGUUCUUACAGUCAUUGCCACUUAUUUAGUAGGCUGAAGAGAGAAAAGACAGAAUGCCAUAUGUUCCUAUAAGUACUUUAAAUGCAUGAAAACUUGAGCAAAAUUCACUUAGCAUAAUUCUUAACAUAGAACUUUGAAGGUUCGGCACUAUUCUAUCACUUUUAUAAAUAAAAUUGUUUUUAAAUAGUUUUGCUCUCCUAUUUCAUCCAUUAUUUACAAACUGUGUCCUGAAGAAGAGAAAAUAAUACCCCAAAUAGGUAUCAUUUUAACAUGAUAUACUCACUUCUUUCUAGAUUAAAGUUUGAUAUAGGAUGCUAAGGAUCAUAAAACUCUUGUGGGACAUUUUUCUGUGAUUUGUGAUAGCAGUGCCAAAAGUAGGCAAGGUUCUCGGGCAACAGACUCUAUGCAACCUACUGUUCAACAGUAUUGUGUGUGUGCACACAGAACCAAUGUACUUACAGACCAAAGACAUAUAUAUAUAUAUAUAUAUAUAUAUGGAAAAAAAAAAAGAAAAAAAAUAUGGAAGGAAGGAAUAAACAAAGAAAAAAAAAAGGGUAACAGCAUGUCUCUCUCGAAAGGGACCAGAAUGCUGCCUUUAGCUGAAAGUCUAGUCCAGGAAAUAUCUCUUAUUCCUUCUACCUAUGCAAAUGGUAAAAUAUAGGUGGUUUCUGGCAUAACAAAAUAUGUUUAAAGACUGUACUGUAUACAGACUCCACUGAAGAAAAUUUUGUUGCCAGUUCUCUGUUUUUGGGGAGGAAAAAAAAAAAAAAAAGAUUUGUUCUAUUCCCCUAGUGAGUCUUGAAAACUUCUGAAACUUUUAUUACUCAUAGAAACCAUUUAUACAUCAGCAAAAGAUGCGCUGAAAGUAAGGAAAGAAUAAUAUGAAUGAAAAUCGUACUGCCGCUUAGUAGAAAACAAAGGUAAGAAAACAAAAAACUUCUGAAUCAUGGGAGAAAUAUUGUCAGUUUUGCUACUUAUACAGCAUCCUUUAUUAUUCAGCAGUUUCAUAGUUUGUAUGUCCCUGAGCAUAUCUGAGGGAGAAAGGGAGCCUUAAAUCUCCCUCUCCUCUAAAAGCUUCUUUGCCUCUAAUUUUUUUCAUCUGUCUUCUGUGCCUGUGAUUUUAAUGCAAGUAAUACAUAUGAAGAUACCGUGAUUGCAAUAGAAACUAUCCCAUCCACAGUAUUUGAAGUGGCCAUUGUUUAAUAAUUAUUGUUAAGAUUAUACUAAGGUUUUAAAACAAAAUGGUCUUGGGAUUUAUUGAAUAAACAUUGUUAGUUCUGAAAUCUGACCUGCUAAGAUGGUCAUUGAGAAUAACAUCUUAGAAUCAUAGAAUAUCCAGAAUUAGAAGAGACCCACAAGGAUCAUUGAGCCCAGUUCCUGGUUCCACACAGGCCCACCUACAAUUCAAACCCUAUGUCUAAGAAUGUUGUCCAAAUGUUCCUUGAAUUCUGGCCACAUGAGGUUGUGACCACUGCUCUGGGGAGAUUGUUUCAGUGCCAACCAGCCUCUGCUGAAUAGGCCUAAACAUGCCUCUUUCAUGAUGUUCAUUUCUAUCUCUACUGGAUUUCCCUUUUGCAAAGGUCGUUACAAAACUGGUAUUCUGGCAAAUAUUUUGUCUUAUGUGGAGGCAGAAUGUUGCUCUCAGUUGUCACUGUACACCUAUAUUACUGUAAUGUCUUUGAUGUCUGGACAGAAAACAGUUCCCACUAAGAAUCUCCAAACAAGAGGCAGACAACUUUGGUCCCUGUUGAUCCUCACCAGCUGUUCUGUAUAGUAUUGAUUCAGACCUACAGUCAGUGUUACAACUGGAGUUGACCAACUGACUCUGGCUUAGUGUAUCCCCAUUGUUAAAUAAUGAAACGUGGAUUGAAAGCGGUUUGAAUUCUAAAUUAAGUUGUAUCUGUUAUGCACUAAAGCAUGUAAAUACUUUUUGUGGUUCAUUUGACCCCCCAGUAACUUAUUUAUCUCCUAUAAACCAGGCUUUUUGAAGUCCAUUCUUAGCAGCCUAGAAUAAGUACAAAUAUGUUUGGAAAAUAGGCAGAGUAACAGAGUCAAAAGGCAUGUUUGUGAAAGUGGGGUGAGAGCAAAGAAGCUUCAAGUACUUAACUAAACUUUGCUAAACAAUUUUUAAUGGAGAUUAAGAAUUCUUACUUUUUUUUUCUCUCCUUACUGAGAACGACCAAGUGUUUUAGUGAUCAUAUUAGGCAGCGUGCUUUCAUUCGUUGCUUUGGCCAAUGGAUGUCAAAACUUUGGCUUCAUCUUCCAGAGAAUAUCAUUCACUUGUUUCCUUUUCAGUUGAAUUGGUUUGCUUCUUUGCUGAAGAGAUUUGUAAGGUGCUUUUGGAGGCUGUCACAUAUGUAAAGGAUAAUCACACGUAUUCCUAAAAAUUUAUUAAAGUGAUUCGCAUGGCUCAAGGUAAAAGCAAUAUCUUAAAAGGAUCUGUAUAUUCAUACCUUUUGUAGAAUUUAGAAGAGGGUUUGUAUUCUGUAACCUUUUUGUCUUCAACCUCUAUGCUCUAUAUAGUACAGUACAUGACACAGUGGUUAAGAUGUUGAAGUAGAAAAAUGAGGAAGUGAUGUGUAGAGUUUGUUAGUAAAUGGUAGGAAUUUUUCUUCUCUCCCUAGACAGUCCAGAGUAUAUUAAAAUAAGAUUCAGGUCUCCCUUUGCUUACUGCUUUCCAUAUUGUCAUGUUUUGUACCGGAAAAAGAAAAUAUUUGUUGUUGGGGUUUUUUUUUUCUUAAGAAAACGAAACAAAAACAAACACUUAAACAAACACUGCAGAAAACGGAACAAAUAUCUAAUGAAAUUACAAUGGUGAACGCUGGAGUCAUUUGGAUCUUGAUUGCUGUUCAGUAGUGCUAGUUCUAUAAUACCAAAGUGUCCCAUGCUGUUUUCCUUGUUGCCAUUUUGUAUUUUUUCUAUGUGUUAAUUAUUUAAUUCCAACAGAAUUGAAACAGGUGUCACAGCUUCAGAUGUGUUCAGCUCCUGUUUUAGACUGGGACCAUUCUGUAUGAUUGCUGAUGCCAAAUCCUUUUUCUGAGACCCAAGUACAUGCACUAAAGCUUUGCUUACAGUAAAAUGAUUCUUGUCUUAAAUCAGUGUCUGUUUUGAAUGAAAAUCACUUCACAGUUCUGAACAGACCAUGAUGGCAAAAGCUGUUACCCUGCAGCAAAUGUCAGUGAUCAACUUGAGGUGAUUUAGACACUGCGUGUUUUACGCAGCCUAUUCUACUAGGAAGCAUAAGGCCUAUUAUGUUCAUCUUCUCAUUAGCUCAGCCUUCUGUAUUCUCAGAGAACUAUGAGCUAACAUUGGUUUUCUAUAGUUGAUGCUUUGGUAUUUUUUUAAUCUAUUUGCUACAACCCAUUUUUGUAUGUCUCCUACUUGUCUACUACUUGUGACAUUUGUUGUAAGAGAAGCUGUUGAAUACUUUUUAUCCUUCCUGUAAUGUAAAACCUGUUAGGCCUAACUUCAGUGUUCUGCACACUACAGUUGCCUUUAAACCACAAAGAAAAACCAGUUUGUAUUACUUGCUUUGACGGGUUUGAUUUGGAGCAGGUACCUAAUGGAAACUUCAGGAAGACAACCUUAUUCUUUAUGUCUUUUCUUUUUGGGAAAUCUUUAUGGAAGUUUGGAAAAGUGGCAUAUGUGUGUAGCCUUUAAAUUGUAAAGAUUUCUGACUGUAGUUGCAAUGAAAACACAGUGUUUGAAAGUGUCUGUACAGAAUUAUGUUUUUGAAAUUGCUUUCAAUUUGAAAAAUGGAUGAAAAUGCUAUGAAAUUAUGUUUUCUAGCUGUGACUGAUUAUAUAUGAGAUGAAAAAAACAAAAUGAUUAUCUUACCUAAAAUGAUCUGUGUAAUUAAAGACAUUCUAUAGCUUCUGUUGAAUUUCACCUUCUUGUAGUCCCAGGAUUUAAGUUUCAUAGACAAGCUCUCAUACUGUAGUGUGCAUGUUGACUGCCUGUUGCAAGUCACCGUUAGAGUGAGGCAGAUGACACUAUUUCAGCUGUGUUUUCAUUACAAUCGUGUGCUUGAGCAACUCUUUCAGAAAUGCAGUGAUAUGUAGGAAGUCCGCAGUCCCAGACACAGUGAUGUGCUAGCUAGCUGGAAGUCCUUUUAUGUACAGCUGUUGCGUAGAACUUCGGGAGUUAUUUUGUGUUUAACUCGGUUUGGUUUUCUUGGUUGUUUCUUUUUAUAAUAUGGAAAAAUAAUUAUUCCUCAUAAAGUCUCUGAACCAAUAAA